GCGGGCUCGCCAGCUGCCAUUUUGACAGGCUGGCGGCUGCCGCUCCCGCCGCUGCUCGGGGGAGGCGGAAUGCGGGGCGAUAAUGCUGCAUAUCUGCUGUCAGGCGGCGGAGCGGGGGUUUGUCCUGUGAAGGCAGGGCUCCUCCGCACUGCUGUCUCGGCAGCUCGCUAGCCGCCGCUCGGAGCCCAGCCGGGAUCCAGGGCCGGGGAGUCGCCGCUCGCAGCGCGGCUGGCGCCGGGCGCGGCGCUGCCAGGAGCAGGUGUGAGGCUCGGCUCGGCCCGGCCCGGCCCGGCGCCGCUGCGGCUCCCGGGCUGCUCCCGCCGGGCGAGUUGCUGCCGCCGGACUCGGCCACAAAAGGGAGCACUGUGUGCCUCGGCUGCUGCGGGAGAGACUCUUGCAUGUGAAUUAAAUUAAUUUCUUGAGAGAAACCUUCAUAAAGGGCUAAAUAAACAAGGUCUACACACACAGAAGUUUCUUCUGCUGCACCGAGACACAGCUGAACUCGUCUGUCUGGAAAUCUGAAGACUUUUAUAGCAAAUCCUCCAGUGUCAAAAUGAACACAGAUAGCGGUGGGUGUGCUCGCAAACGUGCUGCAAUGUCUGUCACACUAACAGCUGUGAAGAGGGUUCAGAGUUCUCCAAACCUAUUGGCCUCAGGGUCUGAUUCUCAGUCUCCAGAUUCAGCUUGGCGAUCUUACAAUGAUGGCAGCAGAGAGACACUGAAUGGAGAUGCUAGCAGCUCAUCUCUUUCAGCAAAAGGCUUCAGGAGCGUGCGGCCAAACCUACAGGAUAAAAAAUCCCCAACUCAGGCACCUCUGCCACCUCCUAGAAAAGAAAGCUUUCGGAAAGCAAGAGUAACUAAUCACGAGAACGAAAUUAAUCUCCAGGCAGGAACUGCUGGCCCAGCUAAACACCUCCUCUCAGAUACUGCCUAUUACACUAGUGAGACCUUUGUGCAGGAGACAAUGUCUUCUCAAAUAUCUAACACAAGUGUGUCCUAUGCACAGAAAAUCAUUAAGCCCCUGCCCUCAGUCUCCAGCGCAGACACAGGCGCAGUAGCUGGCAUUAGCACCACUCUCCAUCAAGGCCAGAGGCAACAGUCCCAAAAACGUAAGAUAUCUACCCUGAAAUUAACCCGGACCCGUGACCCAGCAAGUAGCAUUCCUUGUCAUUCUCAGCAACAGCUCAAGCCUGUUGAAGAGCCAGUGUUUUCACAAAGGCCUGUCUCACCUGCCUGUAACCCCAUGCCUGAGAUACACACAGCAUCUCUUUCCGUUCAAAUAGUUCCCACCCCCGACAAUAAAGCAGAGCCUGAAAUCCAAGAUCAUCCACCUAGUAUUUCUCCAGACACUUCAAAGAUGUCUUCAAAGGAUUUGGGACACAAGUCUACAGUUCUUCCUUCUUCACAGGCUGCAGAAUGCCAUGUGCUUGGAAACCAGAAAGUAACUGCCCCUGUGAUGGAGGUAAAUGCUUCACAGACACACAGACAAACAGCAACAGAAGCUUCUCCACUGCCUCUUCCUUCUCCUGUGGUACCAGUUAACAGAGCCUCUUUCUCACCAGACAGUGGCACCCACCCAGUACCAUAUUCCUUGCCAACGCUUGAUGAUUUUUUGCCUUCCCUCUUUGAUCAGAGCCCAGCCCUGUCCCAGUGUCCCUACAAAUGCCCUUUCCUGGCUGCUGCCAGUGCUGCCCCCAGGAGCAGGAGCGAAGCAGCCUCUGUGAGCACAGACUCUGCCAUGAGCGAGUGCUCCUCGCGCACGCUGAGCGAGUGCUCCACUGCCAUCCUAGAUGAGCUGCAGACUUGUGGCUAUGAUACCACUGACUGCUCUGAAACACCUUCCCCAACCCUGAGCCAGAUGUCUGCUGUGUCAGAUGGCACCACCUUAACCAACACUGCUGCCACCUCUCAUGCUCAGAUCACAGUGAAUGGGAAUUCUGGCACUGCUGCCAGCCCAGUGAGUCACUUUCAAAGGCCUUUUUCCCCUUCUUCAGCUUACCCUCCACCAGCUUCACUCAAUUCCAACAUUGUUAUCAUGCAGCAUGGCAGGAUGAUGGAGUCCACAGAGACAUACUCACAGCAUGUUCAGAAUGUUGGCACCACCACCACCACCAGUACAAUACCAAUCUGUAGAUCCUCAGAAGAAGAAAAAAAAAUUACAGUAAUUAAAGCUCCACAUUAUGCAGGGAUUGGCCCGGUAGAUGAAUCUGGAAUCCCUACAGCAAUUAGAACGACAGUUGACAGGCCAAAGGAUUGGUACAAGACAAUGUUCAAGCAAAUCCAUAUGGUUCAUAAACCUGAUGACGACACAGACUUGUAUAAUACUGCAUAUGCAUACAAUACUGGUAGCUACAGUCCAUCCUUCUCUGCUCAGGCGCACCCAGCUGCAAAGACACAGACAUACAGACCACUGUCCAAAAGUGCUUCUGACAGUAGCUCCGAUGCCUUUAAGGUCUCGUCCCCUUUGCCACCCCACGUGCCACCACCAGUACCACCACAUCGUAUGAGGCAACGCUCUACACCAGAAAAGAAUGACUGGGACCCUCCUGACAGAAAGGUAGAUACUCGCAAGUUCCGUUCUGAGCCAAGAAGUAUUUUUGAGUAUGAGCCGGGAAAGUCAUCGAUCCUUGAGCACGAACGACCGGCUUCCUUAUAUCAUCACUAUUCAACAGACAGAGGCCUGGACAGGCCCUCCAGUUCUGCAAGUACAGCGAGUGACUACAGAAAGCGAAGGAAGUCAGAGCCUGCUGUGAGUCACCAGAGGGCACACAGUGACCAGAACGCCAACAGACCUAACCUGGGCCAUACAGACACACAGGGCUCAUGUUCCACCCUUAGGAAGCCUUUAACUAGCUCAUCUCCUUCUUCUCCAUCACGAGCUAAAGGUGGGGAUAUUAGCAAAGUAUAUCCAUCCCUUUUAAGUUACUCAGUGCACAACUACAACACCUCAAAUGAAUUAGAUUACUGUAGCACUUACAGACAACAUUUAGCUGUUCCAAAUGAUUCGAGAAGGGCAACCAGCUACAAGAAUGGCUGGCAAAUGACUCGCCAAAAUGCAGAAGUCUGGAGUAGCACAGAGGAAGCUGCUUCUCCAAAGAGGAAAUCUCGUAGCUGUGAUGACCUGUUGACAGAUGAUCAUGAUAGCUAUCCCGAUGCACAGGCCAAGGCUGAAAGCAUGGGCUCUCUGUUAUGUGAGGAGGACUCCAAAGAAAUUUGCCCAAUGAACUGGAACUCCCCAUACGCUGAGGGCCGUGGUAGUGGCAGGUCAAGAGUUCGUCACAGAUCUGCGCAUGAUGCUCCAGGUUUCCUGAAGAUGUACAAAAAGAUGCACCGCAUCAAUCGCAAGGACUUGAUGAAUUCUGAGGUGAUUUGUUCUGUCAAGUCCAGAAUACUGCAAUAUGAAAAAGAACAGCACAAAGGUAUUCUUCAAGGUUGGAGAGAGUCAUCUACUGAGGAGGUGCCCAGAGACAUGGUGCCAACCAGAAUAUCUGAAUUUGAAAAGUUAAUUCAGAAGUCAAAAUCAAUGCCGAACCUUGGUGAUGACAUGUUGUCAACAGUUACAUUAGAGCCUCCUAAAAAUGGCUUGUGUCCAAAGAGGCGAUUUUCUAUUGAAUCCCUGCUGGAAGAAGAAACUCCAGUCAGACAUCCCUCUCAGGUACAACGGAGCUACAAGUCUAAAACCCUGGUGCCAAUUCAUAUUGAAGUGACCAGUGAUGAGCCACAACGAUCACAUAUAGAUUUUUCAGACAGCGAUCAAGAUGGAGUGGUUUCUGAUCUCAGUGACUUUAUCCAGAUAGAGGGUUCAUCCUUUUGUAGUGAAAGUGACUUUGAUCACUUUUCCUUCACUUCAUCUGAAAGCUUUUAUGGAUCAGGCCAUCACCAUCACCACCAUCACCACCACCACAGGCAUCUCAUCAGCUCCUGCAAAGGGCGAUGCCCAGCAUCCUACACCCGCUUCACCACCAUGCUAAAACAUGAAAGGGCUAAGCAAGAAACCACUGAAGAUCCAAGGAGACAGGAAGCAGAAUCCGGCCUGUCUAAGAUAGCAUUCCUCGUCAGUCCAGUGCCUUUCCGGAGGAAAAAAAGUGCAGCUCCUAAAAAACAAACUGAAAAGAAAAAAUGCAAGUCAUCUGUGUUUGAAGCACUAGAUUCUGCACUUAAAGACAUUUGUGACCAAAUCAAAGCUGAAAAAAGGCGGGGAAGCUUGCCUGACAACAGUAUAUUACACAGACUUAUUACUGAGCUGCUUCCAGACAUUCCAGAAAGGAAUUCAUCUCUUAAAGCUCUGAAAAAGAGUCCCACGCACCAGCCUUUUCAUCCACUGCCUCAAGAUGGUGCUAUCCAUUGUCCACUGUACCAGAAUGAUUGUGGAAGAUUACCUCUUAGUGCCUCUUUUCCAGACAUGGAUGCAACUAACAACAAUGAUAGUGCACUGUGUUUCCAAGUAGACCAGGAGUCUCCUGGAAGCUAUUCUUCUGCUUUCACUGAUGUGGGACGAUGUACUCCAAGGGAGAGAAGAGGAACUACAGACAAAGAGAAACUGCCAGCUAGAGCUGUAUAUGACUUUAAAGCUCAAACUUCUAAAGAGCUGUCCUUUAAGAAAGGAGAUACUGUCUAUAUCCUCAGGAAAAUUGAUCAAAACUGGUAUGAGGGUGAGCACCAUGGAAGAGUUGGAAUAUUCCCAAUUUCUUAUGUUGAGAAACUUUCUCCCCCAGAAAAAGCACAGCCUGCCAGGCCACCUCCCCCUGCACAGAUUGGAGAGAUUGGAGAAGCUGUUGCCAAAUAUAAUUUCAGUGCAGACACAAAUGUGGAGUUAUCACUUAGAAAGGGAGACAGAGUAAUUCUUCUUAAGCGAGUUGAUCAAAACUGGUAUGAAGGAAAAAUACCAGGAACCAACAAACAAGGCAUCUUCCCUGUCUCCUAUGUAGAAGUCAUCAAAAAGAAUCCAUCAAAAGGUGUAGAUGACUAUCCUGACCCUCCAAUACCCCAAAGCUAUUCUAGUGACAGAAUACAUCAUUUAAGUUCAACUAAGCCACAGCGCCCUGUGCUUUCUCAUGAAAAUAUACACGGUGGGGGGGAACCGUUUCAGGCUCUAUAUAACUAUACCCCUAGGAACGAAGAUGAAUUGGAGCUCAGAGAGGGAGAUGUCAUUGAUGUGAUGGAAAAAUGUGAUGAUGGAUGGUUUGUGGGAACCUCAAGAAGAACCAAAUUCUUUGGUACUUUCCCUGGAAACUAUGUCAAGAGGCUGUGAAUUUUUUUCUUUCUACUUAUUUAUGCUGCAUCUCUGCAACACAUCUGCAUAAAGCUGCUAGAAAACAUGCUACGCUGGCCUUCUGUUUUCUCGCUUGCAGUCUCAAAUAGAGGCCAUCUAGUUCACCCUCAUCCCAUCCCACCCGCCAAACCGUCCCAGCAGUAUUACAGCAACGACCACAGUGUGAAUAACUAAGUUUUUCUGAGACAAGAGGAAGCAUUUCAACAUUUAAAUACUCCCUGCUUUAAAGUAUUUUCAUGUGAAACACAAUAGGAAAAGCCUGAUGACAGGUACACAAAUGAGUUGCCAUGGGAGGGUAGGGGGGAAGGGGGAAAAAAUUAAUCUUGGUUUGAACAUUUGUGGUACUACCAUGAAGUCUGGUGGGAUUUUUUCAGCAUGCAUGUAAUACAGAGGAAAGUUGCUGUUUACUAUUUUUUAAAAAAUUGAUUUUACACAUUCUUAUUAGCUUGGCAGCAUUUGUUGCUUCCACAUUGCUGUGUCACGGGUUUGCCUAUUGUACUGGUUUACAAUGUAUGACAAACUAUAAUAUAGACUUUUUGCCUGCACUUGUAUGCUGUAACAAAUGCACAGUGAUUGUAAAAUCUCAAGCAAGCAAAGUGAAAAAUUGAAGAACUGCAAGUGUUCUGAAUGGGUGCAAUGGUAUUGGCUAAAUCUUUUUUCCUUUUUUCCCUAAUGAAAAACUGUAGUGAACCUGUAGGGUUUUCUGUUAAAAAGUAAGUGCAAAAGGCACAAAGACUGGGAAAAGAGGAUUUAAGGAAGAGCAAGACAGUGCUAUAAGCAUAGACAAUAAUAACCUGCUAUUGAUGUCUGAUAUUAAAUGGUUGUAAUCAAAAUGUUGUAAUAGUAAAAAACAUGCAGUGUAAGAGGUAGUGUUUUUACUUAUCAGGAAAUUAAAGAAGCAGGAAGGUAAACAGUGUUAGUGCAAAGGGUUGUUGGAUUUUGGUUUUUUUCUUUCCUAACAUAGCCACCUGAAAAAUAUUCACAAGCAUCAUGUACUGAUUUAUUUCACUAUAUAUGUGUAUGUAUGUUAAUGAAACCCAAGUUACAUAUUCUUUUUAGGAAUUUAGACAGAAAAAAGAAGUCACAAGUAUUAAAACCAAUAUAUUUUAGAGGUGUUGGGUUUUGGUUUUUUGUCUGAAUGAACAAGUGUUUGAAAACAUACAUUUUCCAUAAGCAAAGGUAAGCAUAAAUAGCAAAUGAAAUUAAGGCACAGGAUGAUACUGACUAUGGCUUUAUGAAAAUAAAAUUUGGAUUUGGUUUCUUUGGCACCUUAUAGAUGGCAAAAGCUUCUGCUGCAUUUUUCAUGGGUAAAGGAUCAAAAUUAUCAAAAUGUAUGUAGUCUCUGUAGCAUUUUGUACAUAAUUUUGCUUUUUUGUACAGAGCCAUUUGGUUGUUGAUUUUUAAAAAAUUAAGUUUCUUAUUUGCCCUCUUCACAUACAGAACAUUUCAAUGCGUUUUUCUUUUCUUUCUCUGUUUACCAUAAGCACAUCUGGAUAGUGCAAUUCUGUAAGAUAGCCUUUUAUGCAAAAUUUUAUUAAUUAAAAUAUGGUUUACCAGCCAAAUCUAAAUGUACAUAUGUCUUUAUUACUGAGAAAGGUCAUUAAGGCAAGGGUAAAGAAACAUCUUUGUGCAGCAUACCUUUAUUAUUGCAGAUUUCAUGGCAAAAGCUUUGUAUUCAAAGGCUUUCAAUUUUAAACUAGAUCUGCAUGCAGCUUUGCUGUGAGAUUAAUACUAUCUUUGAUGCCAUUUAUGAUUGAGGACUUAAAUAUCUGUUGCCUGUGAUAUUUAAAAAGUACUGUUUCUACUCUGUAUCUGAUUUUAGAAAAAUGCAGGUUUUUCAUACCUGAGUUUCAGGUAACUGACUUUGAAUUCCUACAAGCAAAAGGUCUCUGUGGUUGUUUUUUUUUUUCUUGAAUAGACUUCUAAUAAAUUUUGCUUGGAGUACAAA